AUGAGCUUAUUGUCUGCCAUAGACACGAGUGCCUCCGUGUACCAGCCUGCGCAACUCCUCAACUGGGUCUAUCUCUCUUUACAAGACCCCCACCACCAGACCAGCGCCUUUGACGCCUUCAGACCCGAAGCCAACUCUUCCCACCCGGAUCUCAACUUCAGCAAGAGUCCCGCCUCAGCCGACUUGAGCUCUUCCCUCAACUCUAACUAUCUCAACAACUUCUUUCAGCUGCAACGCAAUGAGGCCUUAAACAAUAAUGUGUAUAAGAAUGUAUCACCCUAUGGCUCCCUGAACAACAUCGUAGAUGGACUCAACUCACUGACGGACCACUUCUCAGACCUUUCCCUGUCAUCGGAGCCCAGAAAGCCCAACAAGAGGCCGCCACCUAAUUAUUUGUGCCACCUGUGCUUCAACAAGGGUCAUUACAUCAAAGACUGCCCUCAGGCCCGACCCAAAGGAGAAGGCUUGACCCCUUACCAGGGCAAGAAGAGAUGCUUUGGCGAGUACAAGUGUCCAAAGUGCAAAAGGAAGUGGAUGAGUGGCAACUCGUGGGCCAAUAUGGGACAAGAAUGUAUCAAGUGCCACAUCAAUGUCUAUCCACACAAGCAGCGUCCGUUGGAGAAGCCAGACGGCCUGGAUGUGUCUGACCAGAGCAAAGAGCACCCGCAACACCUGUGUGAGAAAUGUAAAGUCCUUGGUUACUACUGUCGGCGUGUGCAAUAA